AUAUUGAUUUUCUUUAUAUCCAGGCUUGGAUGGCUUCUUCGAUUCAUCAGCCAUUCUGUGAUUUCUGGUUUUACUACAGCUUCAGCCAUUAUAAUUGCCUUGUCUCAGGCAAAAGAUUUCUUGGGAUACAGUGUUGUGCGAAGCAGCGAGAUUAUUCCACUGGUGAAGAGCAUUAUUGCAGGGGCAGAUCAGUUCUUGUGGCAACCUUUUCUCAUGGGCUCCAUCACAUUGGCAGUUCUUCUGAUCAUGAAGCACUUGGGAAAAACUAGGAAAUCGUUGCGUUUUUUGCGAGCUUCUGGUCCCCUUACAGCUGUAGUUUUGGGCACCAUUUUUGUGCAUGUAUUUAGUCCAUCUUCAAUAUCUUUGGUAGGUGAAAUACCACAGGGCCUGCCAGAAUUUUCCAUCCCAAAGAAAUUUGAGUAUGCUGAAUCUUUGAUUCCUACAACGAUUCUCAUUACUGGCGUGGCUAUUUUGGAGUCUGUGGGAAUUGCUAAAGCACUUGCAGCAAAGAAUGGUUACGACUUGGAUUCCAAUCAAGAGUUAUUUGGUCUUGGUGUGGCAAACAUUGUUGGUUCUUUCUUCUCUAUUUACCCUACAACUGGAUCAUUUUCCAGAUCAGCUGUGAAUCAUGAAAGUGGAGCCAAAACUGGCUUGUCUGGAGUAAUUAUGGGAAUUAUAAUGGGAUGUGCGCUUCAAUUCCUGACUCCAUUGUUUGAAUACAUACCACAGUGUGGUCUAGCCGCCAUUGUCAUUUCUGCUGUUAUUGGACUGGUUGGUGUUUCACUUGCAUUUGUCAUCCAUGAAUCAGCUAAUCCACAUAUUGGAAUUCAUUUUGUCAUUCUUGAGAUGGCUCCUGUCACUUACAUAGACUCUAGCGCUGUUCAAGCUCUAAAAGACUUGUACCACGAAUACAGAUCACGUAACAUCCAGAUAGCCGUUUCCAAUCCAAAUCGAGACGUUCUGCUGACUCUAACAAGAGCCGAGGUGGUCGAUCUAAUAGGCCGAGAAUGGUUCUUCGUUCGCGUGCACGAUGCAGUCCAAGUAUGUCUACAGCAUGUGCAAAGCUUAACCGAUUCUUCCAUGAGCCAAUCUCCAUUGCUAGAGAAGAAAUCAAGCCUCUUCAAUCGAAUACUGAAACAGAGAUCAGAAGAAGCAGCCCUGUCUCAGUUGGCAGGGGCGGGGCUAAGUGAACGUAGGCCCCGUGCGAAUUUUUAA